GCAAACCAUGACGAUAUUCUGGAGUGCAUGUAUACAGAAAGGACAGCAUUCGACCCUAAAGCACAAACCGCCACAUUCACCUGGUACUUUCCUGCAAGCGGGGAAGCAAUUCCUCUGCACGUACAUCCAGGUGACGCUCCUGGGGCACUCGCAGUUACCAUUGGAGAAGAGCCUUCAGAAGUGGAAGGGAUGAUCUACUACACGGACUACGAAAACUGCGUCGUUGGUGACAUUGAGUUCCAAGGACAGGUAUGCUCCUUGUGGACCCGGAAAGAAUUGAAGGACGCGGUGCCGCAGGACUGCAUAGAGCAUUUCGUGGACACAUGUGGCGUCGAAGUUCCUGCUCACAGCAGGGAUUUGUGCCCAGAUGGCGAAGGCGACUACUAGUUCUCCAGACGGCGCCACGUUACUCUCGACGGCA